UUAUUUUUUUAGUUAUUAUUUUCUGAUAUUCACUCACAGAUAUUACCAAUAGAAGGAGGUUGUAUAACAGACACACCUCCCAGUCCUGUUAAGCUCAGCUAAACACUCUUCACAAUACAAAUCCCUGUGCAAUGCAAGUCAGCAUGUUUGCACACACGGAGCUUUGCAAGCUGGAGACUGUAGUCCUGUUCAGUCAAGAGCCACAAACCCCGGUGAUUACACAAUGUGGACAAACCACAUAGCCCGGCAUGACUUUCUACUCCUGCUUAUUUAUCCAGUGGUUACUGGUUGAACUGAGACGGUGACCAAUCAGAUGGUAAUCAUUUAAUUCUGACAUUUUUAUGCCUGGAAAACUGUCUUAUCAGCCUUUAUUUCGUCAUUUAGUUCAGAGGAAUAGUUUGAGAUUUACUAAAUUGAAUCUGCUGGUUUUGGAUCGUUGGAUUGUCUGGGAUUUCUGAUUCUGUCAGCACACAGGUAAAUAUCUUUUUCUUUAAUUUAUUAUUCGGUAAUGUCAUUUUUACUUGUAUAUAAAUAUAAGAUUAAUGUCGAUUAAAUUUCACUUUUCUAAGGACUGCCAACUGGACAUGCAGCCGGGGGUCUGUAUGCCCACUGCAGCUGCGCUGGGCCUGUUUUGCAGAGGUUGUCUCAGCCGGGCGCGAAGUUGGCCCGGUCGCAGCCUCAGCUGUUUGCCCAGGCAGAUGAGCAGGUGGAACAGCCUGGAAACCUGCAGCACCCAACCAACUCAGGAAAACCCCCGUGUCCUCAUCACAGGUGGUCUUGGGCAGUUAGGUGUGGGACUGGCAGAGAUACUGAGGAAACAGUUUGGAACAGAGAAUGUAAUCCUGUCAGACAUUAAGAAGCCUCCACCUCAUGUUUUCAGCAGUGGUCCAUUUGUUUAUGCUGAUGUGUUGGACUACAAACAUCUCCGAGAACUGGUCGUAAAUUAUCGUGUCACUUGGCUGAUCCACUACAGCGCUUUGCUAAGUGCUGUUGGCGAAGCUAAUGUGGCUUUGGCACGCAAGAUCAACAUCACAGGCCUUCAUAAUGUGCUGGACUUGGCCCUAGAGAACUGCCUGCGCCUUUUUGUCCCCAGCACCAUAGGAGCGUUCGGUCCCUCUUCUCCACGUGACCCGGCCCCUGACCUCUGUGUCCAAAGACCUCGAACCAUCUAUGGCGUGUCCAAAGUGCACGGAGAACUGAUGGGGGAGUAUCUCCAUCAUAAGUAUGGUCUGGACUUCCGCUGCCUACGGUACCCAGGUGUGAUAUCAGUCAACACACCUCCAGGAGGAGGAACAACAGACUAUGCCGUUCAGAUCUUCCACGAUGCCCUCAGCACGGGUCACCACGAGUGCUACCUGCGUCCCGACACCCGCCUUCCCAUGAUGCAUAUCUCUGACUGCCACCGUGCCACCAUAGAGUUCAUGCAGGCUCCAGAGUGCCAGCUGUCCUUGCGUACCUACAACAUCGCCGCCAUGAGCUUCACUCCAGAAGAGGUGGCGCAAGAAAUCCGCAAGCAUCUCCCCCACCUCAAGGUCACCUACAAUCCCGACUCUGUCCGCCAGACCAUCGCCGACAGCUGGCCCGUGAGGUUUGAUGACACCAAUGCCAGGAGAGAUUGGGGCUGGGCACCAGCCUUCCGGCUUGAGAAGCUGGUGUCAGACAUGCUGCGCUCCAUUCGGGACAAGAGGACAAACGAGGGACUGCCAGUCAGCUAGCGACAACCUGCUCCACAAAGACUGACCACUGCCCUGCCCCUGACUUUUCUUCUGCCUGCAUUUACCAAAAACACACUUCCUUUCACUUCACAUUCACAUGGUGUCACCCAGUAUCCUCUGUUGCUCUAGAACAUUACAGCAAUGAGGCAGGGACUGUUUGUAGGAAAAGUAGGAGUUCUCAGUCAGACGCUCUCAUUACAUUACAUUACAGUCAUUUAGCAGACGCUUUUAUCCAAAGCGACUUACGAUCAGUAGUAUAUUACAUAUCAUUCACCCAUUCACACACUGAUGACAGGCUACCAUGCAAGGUGCCACCAUCAGACUCUAACUAACAUUCGUACAACAUCCAGUCCACGCCGAUGGCAAGCCUUCGGGAGCAACUUGGGGUUAAGUGUCUUGCCCAAGGACACAUCGACUGCCGAAGCCGGGUAUCGAACCACCGACCCUCUGAUUGGAGAACUACCUUGCUCUCCACUACGCCACAGCCGCUCUCAAUAUACAGUGGACAUGCCCUCGAACACACACAACUCAGUCUUUUUCAGGGAGUAAUAUACUGUCAAACUUUCACCUAAUCUUUGUCGUUUUUAAUUGUUAUCAUGGUAUUAGAAUCACUUUACACAUGUUGCCUCUGACUGAACAACAAAAUACUUUGGAGAUUUCCAAAUGUCAUGUGACUUGCAUCAAUUGAUAAAAACAGUCUGUUACAAUGUCUAUGAAAAUGUGGACAAACAAUAUGGACAAGUUGCACAUUUAGAGUAACACACCUGUUGUACACUUUGAUUCAAGGAUCAUUUGGAAUGGCGGUCUCAGUUAAAUCUGGACUGUAAUGACUCACCACGUACUUUGGCUGUUUUCAAAAGCCAGUCUUUUAUAAUACAGUCUAUUAAGUGAAUAUCACACACUGUACACAACCCCCAUAACCUAAGUCUUUUUUUGCCAAUUUUGCCAGCAGUGUGAUUUUAAUUAUGAAUGAGCACCUAUAAGAAAUGACGCCUUAUUUACUGUAGAUUGCUUUGGAAAGCAAUGUAUUAAAAAAAAUGCUGUGUACUUUAGAAUUAGACCUUGAUUAAUAAAAAUGUUAUUCACCCAAACAGCCGUGAUCAUUUUGAAUUGUUGACCUUCAUUUAGAAAGUAAUCUUAAUACUGGUGAUGCUGAUGACAAUAGUAUUGAUUAAUGUGUUUACUACGUACGGUUUUGUUGUCGUUACUAGAUUUUAGGGAGGUUAUUGUAUUUUUUUUACUCUCUCACAUUUAUUUCACCAGCAAAAUUACAAGAUACUUUGCCAAUUCUGAUUUGACCUACAACACACAUGAUCAGCCAAUAAAAUAUGAUGCAACUACCCAGCAGUCUCUGAAGUAGUUAAAAUUACAUUACAUUACAGUCAUUUAGCAGACGCUUUUAUCCAAAGAGAGGUAUUCAAGAGAACUACAAGUCACCAGAAGUCAUAAGUGCAUCUCCUUUCUUAAACAAGCAUCUAAGAGCAUA